AUGACUAGUCGAGCGUUAAGUAAGUUUAAGUUUUUUAAUUGUGAAUUUAAUAAUUUUAGUGCUUUUAAGAGAUAUUGCACACAAUUGCAAUAUGCAAAACCAAAGAAGGAGGCACAUUCACCAGUUAUGAUUGACGAGGUGGUGAAAUACAUGAAUUUAUCGCCUGGCGAAACAAUUGUUGACAUGACAUUUGGCUCUGGUGGGCAUUCAAGAAAACUUCUCGAAACUAUUCCGAAUAUUAAAAUCUAUGCUCUUGAUCGUGAUCCACUGGCUUAUGAAUUUGCAGAAAAUUUAGCACUCGAAUAUCCAGGGCAGGUGAUUCCACUUUUGGGUAGAUUUUCCGAAUUGCCGGAAUUAUUGAAGGGGAGAAAUGUUCCUGGCAAUACGAUUGAUGGAAUUCUUUUUGAUUUUGGUUGUUCGUCCAUGCAAUUUGAUACUGGUAUGAGGGGAUUUUCAAUUUCACGAAAUGGUCCAUUGGAUAUGAGAAUGGAUGGUGAACGAUUUCCGAAUCAACCGACUGCUGCUGAUAUUAUUGAAAAGGCAAGUGAAGAAGAUUUAGCGCGUAUUAUUAAAGUUUAUGGCGAGGAAAAGGAGGCGAAAAAAAUUGCUCGUGUUCUCGUUGAAUCACGAUUUACAUUGAAGAAAUUGAGAACAACACGCGAAUUGGCAGAAAUUGUGAAAUCAGCAAUAAGUGAUGAAGAGGACGAUACAGAGGCGAUUGGUCGACAGAAGCAUUGUGCUACAAAAACAUUUCAGGCUUUUCGAAUUUUUGUUAAUAACGAAUUAAAUGAAAUUAAUUAUGGACUAUUUAUUGCUCGGGCUUAUUUGAAAAUUGGUGGUCGUUUAAUAACACUUUCGUUUCAUUCGCUUGAAGAUUUAAUUGUUAAACGACAUAUAUCUGGUAAUUUCAUGGGUUCGCAGAUAAAUAAAUUGCCAUUAAAGUUUAGUAGUUAUGGUACAAGUUUCUCUGAAAAUGAACUUAACGAUUAUGAAAAUUCAAAUUGGCAUAUGUUGCAUCCACAUGUCUUGGUACCAGAACCUGAUGAAAUUGAAAUUAAUCCACGAAGUAGAUCGGCGAGAUUUAGAGCUAUGGUUAAAGUUAGUUAACAUUUGUCGAUUAUCUGAAAUUUUAUUUAACAAUUUGAAGAAUUAAAAAUUAUUGACAUAAUUUUUCAUUGUGGUUGAGGAGUUUAGAAUUAAUUGAAUUAUAGUUUAGUAUGUAGAUAAAUAAUCAGAUUUAUAAAAAUAAUAAAAAAAA